AUGAAUUUCCUAUUCCUAACCUCAUUUUACAUCAACUUUUUCGAUCAUUUCGAAAGCAUGCUUGUCGAUGCGCUCUCUGGAUCAGUAGCAUCGUUCAUCACCACUAUCCUGUUCCAUCCUUUGGACUCUACCAGAAUCCGAUUGCAAAGUCUUGAAAUCAACGACUCUGAAAAGACAGAUAGCAUUACCAAAGAUGGUGAAAAAGAUAAAAAGAGAGAAAAGAUAAGUUCAAUCAAAUUUAUCAAGACAAUAUGGGAGAAAGAAGGACUGCUAGGAUUCUAUAAUGGCCUAGGGAUCACUAUCUACUCUUGUGUAAUCUCUUAUGCAGUCUAUUUCUUCUGUUACAGGUUUUGCAAAAUUGCAUUUACCCUUUCUCUGGGAGAACUAACUCCAAAUAAGAUUCUGAUGGUUACUACUAUUGCAGGAGCCAUUGCAAAUUUAGUGACUUUACCUAUGUGGAAAAUACAAACAAGAGUACUUGUCUCUAAAAUAAAUAAAACAGUCUGGAAACAUUGCACAGAAGCUUAUAAAGAGUCAGGAAUCAGCGGAUUUUGGAGAGGCUAUAUUCCUGGACUUGUCCUCACCAUUAAUCCUGUUAUUAAUUUUACUUUAUACGAAAUUGGGAAAUCAGUCUUUAUACCUGAAUCAAUAGAGUCGCCAGCUGCAUGGAAGAUAUUUUUGAUAAGUAUUUGCUCAAAAUUUAUCUCCUCCAUCACUACAUAUCCCAUUUUGACUCUAAAGACGAAAAUUUUCGUGAACAAUGAUGGAAAAUCUUCAACAAAAAUACUGCAGGAUUUCAUAAAGAAAGAAGGGUUCUCAGCUCUUUACAGAGGAAUCUAUGCUAAACUAAUCCAGACCCUGCUAUUCAAUAGCUUCAUGAUGGUCUUCUUUGAGAAGAUCAAGUUCAUGAUUGAGUUCUCCCUAGCUCACAAGACUGUCUAUUAG